GCUUCAUGUUUGUCGGAACUCGGAAGGAGGAUCCAAAACAAACAAAGCAACUGCAACCACGUGUGAAGUGUGAAUUAUCAGAAAUCAGAAAGGGUUUGGAAAAUUUUCAAACCCAAGAAACCUCAGUCGCAAAAAAGGGCGAACAUUUACUGAAACGUUCAUUCUACUAAUUGUAAAAUGAAUUUUGUAUCUUGUGUGUCGUGGGUCAAGAAAGGAGCUGCCAAAAGUCUGCCCGACAAGAUCAAGCUAAAUGACGAUGAACUAAAAGAGAUUGUCCAAGAGGCAACGUCCAAUCUGGAUGAUGAGGAUGAUGAGUCUGGAGAGGAGAAUGAAGUUGUCAAUAGUUCCAACAAUUCUGCAAACCCCACAAGCGAUGAAUUCAAUUUUGGUGACUACGACGGGGAGUCUUUUCAAUCAAAUGCUCUUUCACUGGGAGGACUUGCUGUUUUUGAAACUCCGAGGGGCGAACCAGAGGUUCGAAUAGUUGACGAAGCUGACAGUGACGAGGAGGACUUUGAAAUUAAACCAGAAGACAAUCUGAUCAUUUGCGGACAUGUAGAGGACGAUCAAAGCACCAUGGAUGUUUAUGUUUACAAUGAGGAUGAGGGCUACCUCUAUGUGCACCACGACAUAAUUCUUCCAACGAUGCCUCUGUGUUACGAGUGGCUCAAUCAUGAACCAGAUGGUUCAGUAACCAAUCUUAUUGCUGUUGGAACAAUGUCCCCUGUGAUUGAGGUGUGGGACCUGGAUAUUGUUGAUAGUCUCGAGCCCUCCUUCAGAUUAGGCAAAAAGGCGAGCAAGAAGAAGAAGAUUGAAGGUGUAGGGCACAAAAAGUCUGUGCUCUGCAUGGCGUGGAACAAGCAUUUGAGCCACAUUUUGGCAAGUGGGUCUGCAGACAAAAGCAUAAUUUUGUGGGAUUUGGACAACGCUACCCCAUCCACAAAGUAUUCCUAUUUUGGUGCCGAAGUGCAGUCAAUUCAGUGGCACCCAAAACAGCCCCACGGACUUUUGACUGGCAGCUGUGACAAGACUGUUCGUCUGUUUGAUUGUCGGACAGACAGCAUUUUCAAUGAGUGGAAUCUGCCAGGAGAAGUUGAGAAAGUAGUUUGGAACCACUUCGAGGAGUACAAUUUUCUAGCCAGCUCCGAUUCGGGUCAUGUUUUCUAUUACGACGUUAGAAACAAAGAGCCCGUCUGGUCUCUUGAGGCCCAUUCCAAGGAGGUGACUGGUUUGUCAUUGAGUUGUUCUUGUCCUGGACUUUUGGUGACCGGCUCAAUGGAUGGAAAAAUGGCUGUCUGGGACAUGCUGACAGGAGAGCCAGAGAAAAUUGAUGAGAAGGAUAUGGGCGUUGGUGCUAUUGUGGCUCUUAGCACCUCUCCCGACUCCCCGUUUGUUGUCUGUGUUGGUGGUGAUAAGAAGGACAACAACUUCACAGUUUGGCAGAUGGAAAAUAGUGAAGCUGUACGCAGUAGAUUCUCGAACAGAGGCUUGAUUUCUUUAUCGGAAGAGUCUAUGGAAGCAGAAGAGGCAACUGAAGACAUGCAAAACAUGGAUUUGGCCAGGCCUGGUCCGUCAGUUGAAAAGAAGAAGAAAAAGAAGGCAAAUAAGUAAUUGGGAAGGUAUUUUGGUAAUAAAAUCAACCAAAAAUUAAUAU